AUGUUCUUGUUUUCAGAUCACACCAUCCAGUCUGUUUUUUGCUGCUGCUGCUGUUCAGUGCAGAAAAGAGCAGUGAGAACAAAAUUGAGCCUGGACAAUGAUGGAGACUUGAUGGCUGGAUACUCAAUGUCACAACAGCUCUCCUAUGUGUCUACCCAAAAGCACAGACGUGACAGGCAAUUUGUUCAGCAAUCAAAGAGGAAGCCACUACCAGCGUUACCCCCACAGAUCCCUGAAGAGUAUGAAGAGAAAAUCAGAGUCAUUGCACUCUAUGAUUUUUUUGCCAAAGGACCCUGUGACUUAACACUCAGGAAAUCAGAAGAAUACAUUAUCCUUGAGAAGUAUGACCCCCACUGGUGGAAGGCAAGAGACCAGUAUGGUAAUGAAGGCCUAAUUCCCAGCAAUUAUGUAACUGAGAACGAGCGAAAUAAUUUAGAAGCAUAUGAGUGGUACUGUAAAAACAUAAACAGAAAUCAGGCAGAACUUCUACUACGGCAGGAGUCCAAAGAAGGGGCAUUUAUGGUCAGAGAUUCAAGCCAAAAGGGAACCCUCACAAUGUCUGUGUAUUCACGAUGUAGCGGAAGCCACAGUGGAAAUAUCCGACAUUAUCAAAUUAAGCAAAACCAUUCAGAACAGUAUUAUGUAGCAGAAAAGCACCUCUUUCCAUCCAUUCCUGAACUCAUCCAGUAUCACCAGCAUAAUGCAGCAGGUCUCAUCACCCGCCUCCGACAUCCAAUUGGAUCAAUGGGAAAUUGUUUACCAGCAACGGCAGGAUUUAGUUAUGAGAAGUGGAAGAUAAACCCAUCUGAGCUGACUUUCAUGAAAGAAGUUGGGCGUGGCCAGUUUGGAAUCGUUCAGCUGGGUAAAUGGAGAGCACUUGUCAAAGUUGCCAUUAAGGCAAUCAAUGAAGGUGCAAUGUCUGAAGAUGAUUUCGUUGAGGAAGCUAAAGUCAUGAUGAAAUUAUCCCACUCAAAGCUGGUACAGCUUUAUGGAGUCUGCAUACAGCACAAGCCUCUCUACAUAGUGACUGAGUUCAUGGAAAAUGGCUGCCUGCUCAAUUACCUUCGGCAAAGACAAGGGAGGCUUAACAAAGAAAUGUUACUAAGCAUGUGCCAGGAUGUCUGCGAAGGGAUGGAGUAUCUAGAAAGAAAUAGAUUUAUUCACCGUGAUUUAGCUGCAAGGAACUGUUUAGUCAAUGCCAAGAAUAUAGUUAAAAUAUCUGACUUUGGAAUGACAAGAUAUGUUCUAGAUGAUGAAUAUAUCAGCUCUUCAGGUGCCAAAUUUCCAGUCAAAUGGUCAUCUCCUGAAGUUUUUCAUUUCAACAAGUACAGCAGCAAGUCUGAUGUCUGGUCAUUUGGAGUUUUAAUGUGGGAAGUUUUUACAGAGGGAAAAAUGCCUUUUGAAAAUAAGUCAAAUUCUGAAGUUGUCCAUGAGAUUUCCGAAGGUUACAGACUUUAUCAACCAUAUCUGGCAUCACUCACUGUGUACAAAGUCAUGUACAGCUGCUGGCAUGAGAAACCUGACGGUCGCCCUGCUUUUGCUGAGUUACUUCAGACCCUCACAGAUAUAGCUGAGACUGGAUAAUCAGACUUUCUAUACAUAUGUAUUCUCAUUGCAGAGUUAACAUGAAGCCCCUCAUGUGGUAAUUCUCAGUCUUUUACAGUCCUAGUUAUUAUAACCAUCCGCGGCACUGUAAAUAUUGAGGAAUCUGUGCAGUUUAGUCGGUUUUUAUUUUCAGGGUUCAUCACAUUUUUAGUGUUUUGGGGGAAAUGGAUAGUUCAGGGGAUCAGUGAUGGGCUCUUAACCUUUUUGCCGCAAGGUUGCUAGUUCAAAUCAAGACUAGGUUCAUGAUGAUCAAGUUUAUGCUGGAGAGAAAUAAGCAAGGUUCCUUCUAGUACAUGGCACAUAGGUCUAAACUGCACAACAAAUCCUUCUGUUUUAUAUGGCAGAUUUACACUAAAUUCUGCAACAAUGCCAUUGAUUAAGAAAUCAUUUGAUAAUUGGUCUGGCUCAA